UAGAGAGAUGAUCCUAGAACUCGCCAACAAGAUGAUUGAGCUGCUGAAUGGAGAGGUUCCUAUAAGGUGUCAGGAUGUCGCCAUCUAUUUUUCCAUGGAGGAGAGGGCGUAUUUAGAAGAACACAAAGAUCUGUACAAGGAUGUCAUGUUGGAGGAUCAACUGCCCCUCACAUCACCAGUUAAGGAAGAGAGAAGAACACCGGAGAGAUGUCCCAGUCCUCUUCUUCCACAGGAUGGUUCAGAAGAACAUCACAAUGUCCAGCAGGAUGAUCAGGUCAUAUAAAACCUUCCACACGACUUCUCCAACCGUCUGAUGACUUCUACAAUAUUUCUCUCACAGCUUGUGAAUCCGGGUGAAGAUCUGAACAAUAUUAAUCCUACAGAGACAUAUGUGAGGGGUGAUGAGCAGAGUACAGAGGACAUUCCUAAAGAUAACCGCCCAGAUAACUGUACGAGGAACAUAGAGAAACAUCUGGUAUCUUCAGAUUUUGAAGUAGAUGAUUGGGGCAUCACACAAGAUACAUUUGAAGAGCAUGCCAAUAUGCAAGAUAUACCCUCAUCCAAUCACAGCAACAAUGCAUCAUUUGAUUCUUUCAAACAGGUCCGAUCUUCUGAUUCAUCACAGACUGUAACACAGAAUAAAAGUCACAGAAGAGGUGCAAAACAUCAAACCGCUCACGUAAAAGAGAAGCCAUUUUCAUGCUUAGAAUGUGGAAAAUGUUUUAGAUUUAAAUCAGAUCUUGAUACACAUCAGAGAAGUCACACAGGGGAGAGGCCAUUUUCAUGUUCACAAUGUGGAAAAUGUUUU